GAGGUAUACGUUGGUAUAUGAUCUAUCUCUCCCGCUCUACGCCUGAUUGGCCGUCACGUUUCCUCUCAGCCAAUCAAACGCAGAGUGAGAGGGACGGAGUAACCCCAAAAUAUAUGUAUCUCUCUAAUCACUUCGGCUGCAUUUGUCGCGACGUCGAUGGGAUGGGUAGCUCCCUCCAGUAGUAUAUGCCCUAAGCCCUCCCCCCGCAAAGCUCGCUACGCGCCUUGAUUUCGCCAAAACAAACCAAGAUCUCUUCGCGCCGUCGUCGUAAUAAUUUGUGCCAGACGAACCGGGGGCAACGUCGACCAGUGAUUAUUUCUAGUUUGAUAAACCAGAGCGAGCUGAAAGACCGCGAAGCAGGCGAGAGACUUCACUCUGCUGACAAUGGACGCGGAGCCAAUCCGCUGACAAGAGCAAAUAUUUUUCAACCUCUUCGCACAGCAAACGUCUAAGCAGCAACGGUCCUGAGACUGUCGGCAAAAAAUUGCGCUCUGCGCGUCGUUCUGUUGUUUAUACAAACACGAACUUACACAACUUACGCACGACCACGAUUUAGGGCGAUUUCGAAAUCACUCGUGCACUCACGCACACAAGCCGGCGUCGAAGCGAAUCCCCGUAAAAAAGUUUGCCAAGAGGCCGAGUGCCUUGGAGAAAAGUGUCAUAUUUCCGUCACGUGGACGGGCGGCAUUCGCGGCUUCCUCGAGUCAUUGAGCGAUGUGUCAGACAACUGCCGCGUGAAUUUAUCUGGAUACAGUAAAAACAACCGGCGUCAAUGUCGUCCAGCAGGUCAGAGUUUAGGAGGAGCCAGGUCUUCACGGCGGUCAGGACUCUGCGCGGUUCUUUGGACCCUCAAGAAAUAUGCGAGGCGUUGACCUGCAUUCAGAGCGCCGUUGCCAGGCCUGGAGCUGUGGACUCUCUUUCCGAGGGACAAUUGAAGGAAAUAUGCAAAUUAGUUCUCUCAGCUUUCACGAGUGGCAAGGAAAUUCUCUACCCUGAAGCGAGUUGCACUUUGGCUGCCAUUCUUCGAUCAUGCAGAGAUCGCAAGCUCAAUUUAUUCAGUGAACUGAUGCGCGUUAACUUUGAGGCGAGGCUCAAAAUAUUCCAGCUCUUUGAAGGGCUUCAGGAUGAAGCAGUGAAGGCGUUAUCUUCUGAUAAAUACAUUGUCGACUUCCUCAAGGAUUGCAUGAACUCAGUAACUGCUGAAAAAAUGGAUUGGAUUGCUCCAGACGCUUGCGUUGAUAACAUAAAACCCCUGCAAAUUGUUGAGUAUAAAACAUUGUCCACUGUGGAACAGGUAGAGGAAAAAAUCGUCGUCUGUGUACUGAAUUUGCUGUAUAGACUUUACAAAUUAUCUACUUCCACCACCUACGAUGAAUGUGCAAAGUUCAGUGGUAUGUUUUUGGACAAAGUAGCAACCUUGGCUUACAUGGGUCACAAACGACAGCGAGGUCCGGCAAUACAAGUACUCCAGGUUCCUAACAUGGGAAAUCGCAUACGCAUUAGUUCACCUACUGUAUGGCAAGACUACAAAACCAUGUUGCAGAAUACUUAUUGUAAACGCAUGUCAAUUUUAGUAUCUGCCUGUGAACCUGACUGGUCUGUGCUCUGGACUACUAGCAUUCAGCUCCUCGGCACAGAACUUCAUCGCGGAGCUGGUCUCAUAAAUAACCUGCUUAGUGUCGAGGAGAAAGCAUUUAAAUCUGUGGAUACGGUUGUACGCAGGCAAGCUUUCUUAUCAUGGAACCUGAUAGUGGACAACUUUGCCCUUGAUGAACAGGAGCUUGCUACUGUCAGACGAAUUAAGCUACUCUGUAUACCAUUGAAUGCUAAGAACAGUAAAACUGAGAUGAUGACUAUGACAAAACUUACGGUUUGGUGGCAUCUGAUCUACAAGCUGUUCAAGCAUAUUGAAAAAUUUACUAGCCCAGUACUUACUCAGUUCCUUAACUUUUGUUUUGGUCCACUUGGUGACACGCCACUUUUAUCAUCGAAAUUCAACGUUGUUCCUUCGCCCGGCAAGAGAUUUUACAAAACUAAAUUUAUCGCAAUUGACGCACUCUUGCAACUUUUGUCUGCAAAUGAGAAAGAUUUGGAAUUAACGAAAUCUUCACUAGAAGAAAAACUUCCAUCUCCUGUCAGUGCCGAAGUAUUUAAGCAAUGUUACAAAACGUUUGUACACUGUGUUGGUGAGGCAAUGCUUGCUUUGACUCACAUGGAAUUAGAAACAAGAGGUGAAAUAAUUGCCGUCUUUUGGAAAACUCUCCUUGCUCGAACUAAGGAUAUCGAAGAUGGCGCUGCACUGUCACAAAUACACAAAGAAAUUAUAUUGCUCUUCAUGGCAUUGGGGGAGUAUAUCGAAACUAAACCAAUAAUCAGGGAUACCAUGCUGGAUAUUAUUAUACCGAGCCUUGAGUCUCUACCGGCUUAUAUAUUUAAUUUUGACACAAUGGUCGAUCUAAUGACUAUUUUUAUAAAACCGUCAAUGCUGAGUAAAAUCGACAGGACACACCAUGAUUUAAUCAAAUACCUGCUCUGGCGAGGAGUCAAACCAUCUGAGCAAAUAUCUUAUAUACCAAACGCAUUUGAAGUGAUUAAAAAGCUAGUUGAGCAACUUGAAUCAGUAAAUACUAUUCCUGAAAACUCAAAUGGUUUGUUUGUACUAUGGUGUAUUCUCUGUGAGAUGGUAAUUAAAUACAUGAAUGAUGGGAAGGAAGUGAACGAAGGUGAUGCAGCGGCACAUGACUUUAAAACCAUUCAAACUUUGAUGAAGUUCCCGUUUACACGUAAUCUAGUAACUGAUGUACGGAAUAUCAAGAAGAUUGCAGUUACGUGGAAAAAUCUUUACGGACAGUUCGAUCUUCAAGCUAAUCUAGUUUCUACAGUAAAGCCCAACGAAUUUGUAUCAUUAGCAAUUUCUAUGAUACAAGAUGGCAUUGAUUCAGAUGAACGAUACGCCGGCUUUGCCGUAUCUUGCCUGGACGGAAUAUUGACAACAAUGAAUUACAAGCACGUGCUUGACACAAAUGGAUUCCUGCCCAUAGUCAGACUUAUCAACAAUUUAUGCAUAAUCAACUUUCGAGUGAAAAAUUUCAAGGACGCUGAGGUUGCGCUUAGAGAACUAUCAUCUGUAUUGAUAACCCUUUAUGGACAUGCGCCCAGCAAAGUAGCGACAUGCUUAGAAGCAGUACGGCCUGCACUUGAACACAUGCUGGGACCUUGCAAAGAAGAGAGUUUAGUGAAAGAGAUCAUGAGUACCUGGGAAACAAUCAUGAGCAUUUUCAAAGGGCUUGGAGCGAUCUUAUCGUCAACGAUGAUCGUGUCAUUUCAAAAAGCUUUCCAACUGGCCCUCCGUCACCAAGAAUUUGAAAUCGUGUCUCAAACGCUUUCUUGUCUCGAUUUGGACGAGUACAGGAACAAACCUUUGGUGAAAAAACUUAUAAAUGAUGCCAAAUCAGAUAAAGUUAAACAAGAAUCUACUGGUUUAACUCUACCAGAAAAUGGAGAUAAGCAAACUCCCAAAUUCCCAAAACAGACUGGCAGCUUUCUCAACCGCAAAAUCUCCAGCCCUAAGCCUAUCACACCUGGCCCUGGUCCAAGCCACAUAUCUAAAAAUGCAGCGAAGUGUCCAUAUUUUCCUGACCCUGAUUCACAGGAAUACGUUGUUAUAAAAAAUGACUUUAAAUUCGACGCCAAUCGGCUUACAGAGCAUCAGAAAGAGUCGCUGUUGAGAAGACGGGAGGAUAUUCCAGCACUCUAUAACGACCUUUCACAGUCCUACUCUCAAGACACACAAAAGAUCCAAGAAUGGUUUGACAAAGAGAAGAGCAAGAUUGUUAACCAGGAUACAACAUGUAAAUUGAAUAGCACCAAUGCCCUUGGUGCAGGUGAUAAGGAUACAAAUAUCGGAGAAGCAAAUAAAGAAAACAAACUUGAUCCAGGUCAAACAGUUGUUACCGAAACUAGUGAGACUUCCAGUAAGGUGCAGACGAAGGAAGUUGAGGGUGAAAAAAUUAAGAAUGGAGAGAAUAUAAAAAUCACUGAAAAUCCAUCGACCUGUGAGAGAAUUUCGCCAACUAUCGAGUCCUCUAAGGAUGUUGAGACCAAUCUAUUAAUAGUAAAAAAAUUGAACUUCGAAUCGUUGACUGAAUUUCCCAAGGAGGCAUCUUCUGAGAAAAAAUCGAUCGAAACACCUUCAACUUUGCAAAAUCCAAAUACGUCUGAGGAAAAGUCUAAGCAAGUUAAAGAGGCCGCUAAGAGAGGAGUAAAGCGGAAAACUACAGGGUCGGACAGCGACAGCGAAGGAAACAUUUGCAUCAGCAGAAAACUCAGAAAAUCAACUCUUCCGAUAGUCAUUGAUACCCAGAGUGAUUCUGAUAGCAUUCAGUCAACGGAGAGUGAGAAGGACAAAAAGCCCUUAAGCAAGAGGACAAAAACUGAAAUGUCACGUCUCAGGAUAAACAUGGUAUUUGGGAAUGAUCAAUUUCUCAGUCAUCCUGGUCGCAGACGAUCUAAAGUAAACUAUGAGGACGAGGGGGAGGCAAAGACGGAUGAAUGCGAGUCAUGUGAGACAUCCAAAACCACUAGAAACAGCAAAACCAUUCGCGCUAAAGGUACGGUAAAGGAAAUCAAAUCUGACCCUGGGUCUCAAUCUUCGCAAAAACGGAAGCUUAGAAAUUCGAAAAGCUCAGCACUUGACGAAAUGUCGAUGGAAAAGAAAACCGUGGAAAAAAAAACGAUGGAAAAGAAUACAGUGGAAAAGAAAACGAUGGAAAAGAUUAUAGUGGAGAAGAAAACGGUGGAAAAAAAAUCGGUGGAAAAGAAAUUAGAAAAAAAAUUGGUAGAUAGCCCCAGUUCUGAAGACUCGACAAACCCUGUUUCUCAUGAAAAUACUACAAAAAAAAAUCCGAGUGAUAAAUCUGAAUCUAAAGAUAGCAAUGAGAUUCAGGAGCUGGCAAAAGAGCCAGAUCUUAAUAUCACGGAAAAUGAGUCUCAAGAGUCAGCUGCUCAGAAUUUAACCAGUGACUCGGAAGAAAUUGUUGAAAGUUCGCAAGCAUCCUCUACCAGUGGUUCGUCAGUGUUGGACAAAAAAUAUAGCAACAAGCAAUGUUUUAUUAGGAUCAACAAAAUGCAAAGCUUACAACCUGGCCAAACAAUCGAACUUGAUGUUGGAAAUGAAAAAACUAAGAUCAUAAAGGGUCCCGAACCUGACAGCCCGUUCAAAGUAUGCACAUCUGAGACAACCGAGGUUUCACUGAGAGAAGUAUGUUCGUCUGUUAGCGAGAAUAACAUCGAUGCAGAAAAGAUGGAAGAGGAGAAAGAAGAGAAAGAGAAUACUGCCUUGCAAAAUAUUAAGGAAAUUGACGAUACAACUACAACUCCAGAAAUAAUAGUGCUGACUGAACCUGUUGUGACAGCUGAGGCGAAAACUACGUCGCCAGAAUUGAGACCAUCCCUGGCAACUGACGUUUCCUUGUCACCAAUUAGACUUCCUAGCUCGCUGUUAAGCUCAUGCUCACCUAAAACCUGUCUGAAACGAUAUUCUAAACUAAGAACAGUCACACCACAGGGUCGUACAGCUCACAUGCUGGGCCUUGUAACUAAACAAGCGUUAGCAGAGACCAAGUCCAGUGUUUCGCUGGAUGAAGAUCCUGCUUCGAGUUCUAAAAAGGCCAAGGAAAACGAAGAGGAGCCUGCUGCAGGAAAAAAAGAUCGGUUCUUUGUUCUUAAGGAACCGGAACGACUUGGAAGUCCGUCUGGUAGCAGACAGGAAAAAAUAUUUAACAAGAUGAGAACCACUCCAGAUAAGGAUGCGUUGUCACAGACAAUGACGAAUCAUUUUGGUAACUUGAGAAAUGACGGGGAGAAAUCGUCACUGGUAAAGAUAAUGGACAUGGAACACACUAGUACAGAUGGUACACCAAUUGAUCGGACUGGUGACUCGAACAGAGAAAAGACUGACGAAGAAAACAAUGCCUCGCUCGCUCAAGACAGAGAGGCACUUCCCAUACUUGAGUGGUCCAGCGCCAAUCCACCAUCCUUAACUGCCUCGCCAUCGGCCAGCAUUCUCAAACGACAGCGGCAGCUACCGAUUGAAAAUGAUGCUGAGAGUCCAACUGUUGCGUGCAAGAGAAAACGAGUCAGUUUUGCCGAUCCUCCAGUCUCUAAAGAAAUGGGGUAUGAGAUAACUACCUCAACAUCCCCCCACCGUAUGAGCAAAGUUUCCUCAGGAUCGCGUAUUUUCGUCCCACGCAAGGAUUCUCCAAUACGCUUGAAGCAGACAAAGAUUAAAACCUUCCAAAGUUCUGGACAGUUUGAUAAAGAACAGGAAAUGGAAGUUGAUAAAUCUUUAAAUCCAACCGAUUCCCAGGUCAUCGAUGGGAUAUUAAAUGAGGGCAAAUGUAGUUCAAAAACCGAGGCUGACUCUGAUAAUCUGACAGUAACAUCUCAGGAAACCCAAAAUCAGACUUUAGGUAUUGUCAACAAUAGUAACAAUCAGAUUUCACUGUCAGAGCGCGGAAACGAUUCCGCAAGAGUGACCCUUGAUAAUUUGACGAUGGAAAUAGAAAUAGCAGCCGGAUCUUCGAAAUCGAAGUUCAAAACUAAAGAUGCCAAAGAUAUAAUGGAACAAGAUGUAAACGUGUUGGAGAAGCAAAAUAUUGAGGAGACUGAAACCCAGCAAGACAUAUUUGAGAUCGUCAAUACUGCCCCAGUCAUCGACAUGUGUAAAAGUUUGCCAAAAAGAGACCAAAAGACGAGCACCACCUUGGGGAACAAGACUUCACAAGACGACAGCAGUCUGAGAUAUAUUGAAAUGAACGUACCAACGAAUCCCACUAUCCAGGAAUGUCUAACGAGAAAAGAAAGCUCGUGCAUAGAUGAUCUUGAGGACACAGUUGACAUACAAAAUGUGACAGGACUCAAUUCGACUACUAAUUCCGAGGAAUUGUUCUCCAGCAAACCCGUCAGGACCAGCACACAUGCUAAUGAUACUGGACAAUCAGCUGAAUUUGACACUCUUCCUGUGACAGAUUCAGUUUUUUCCAAUUUACCAUUCAGCCAGAGCAGCCAGGUCACCAAUGACACUAUGGAACUUGACCAGCCAGAAUUGCUGGAUUCUGCAUGCCCAAUAUUCCCCACGUUGAUAGAGUCUAGUGAACCAAUCGAUUCGAUCGUAGGAUAUCUUGCCGAUCCUCUGUGGAAGUCACACCUGUCUAACUACUUUCAAACAAAGGGCAUUGAAACAGUGGGAAAUCUUGCUCAGCUAAGCGAGCGUGAAGUUAAUUGGAUACCGGUGAAACGGAGCCCUAAGGUUCCCUUUGUUAAGAGUGUAUUAGAACAUUUCGAAAAGUCGGCUGUCGUCAGCUUGCCAUCUCUCGGAACUAUCGACAACACAUCGCAGUCGUCGGCCGGCAUUACCCCUACCACAUCUCCUGACUUGUCAUUGACUAGCUCUACGCCUAUCGCUCAGUCUUCCUCCCUUUGUCCACCCCUAGUUAAACUGAAAGUUAGAAAUUCAAUGAAUGAUUGUGUAACAUGUCCUAAGAAACUGACUAAAUCUACAGAAACUCAAGUGUCGAUUGAGGAACUUUUGGACGAGGUUGAUGCUUCGGUUACACUUAAAAGUGCGAUAAAAAGAUGCUCGGCGGAAAAUAUUAUCGCUAAUUAUAGGUUGAAGAUGAAAAACAUGGCUGACGAAGACCUUGAACGUGCAACUAUAAAAAUGCUUGGAAUACAGCCAAAGACUAGCGUUGAUGCGCAUCUAAAAACUGCAUGUCGAGCCUCAGGAUUGGAAAAAGUCCUGGGUAGACUGCCGGACAUUUUCAGCCAUGACAAAAAUUUCUUUACGAAACUUUUGGGAGCGUAUCGUCGUAAAAUCCAAGCUGCAGACUGCAUGCAGGCGUUGGAUUUUGAGGAGAUUAAAACUGCUAUCAACAAGCGUUGCACGUCGUCAGAUCUUGCGGAAUUGCUUUCAAGAAAACUCAAGGAAGAGGCAGAUGCUGGUAUAACUACACCAAUGACUGAAUUGUCCAGCCUUCAAGCGAUGCUGAAACGUAUGCCCAAAGAUUUGAUCAUCAGUCACACAGUCGCCAAUGAGGAACUCAUCUCCCCACUCAUCGUAUUGGACAUUGCCCUACAGAACAACAGUCCUGCUGACAUAUGUUCGGCCCUAGAAGGACAGCCAAGCACUGUACGAAAUCGUAUUUUCAGCGAGCUAUGCACCAUUCAGGCCUUGACGACACAUAUAGAAGAGAAAAAUUUAUCCGAUGAUGCAUUAACAGAGCUGUUGAAAGUGGUGGCCAAAAAUUUGGAUACGACAAGACUCCUUGACGUGUUCAAUGAGACUUUAAAAGAGAAAUUCACCCAGCUAAAACCGCCGUCAAAUACGUAGGUUUUACACCGCCCCCUUGUACUUUCAAUACUUUUUUUCCGUUUCGUUUAUUGAUUUAUGGAUAAUAGGAAUAUUUUAUUUUCCAGUCAAAUGUUAUUUUCCUUAAAUAGCUUAGUUCUUUCUUGAGUUUAUGAACUUUGAUACCACGCUGAUUGCAGUUCUUGGUUUACAGUAAUUUACUGACGGUAAAUAUCGGUAUUCACUCAGCAGAUCUUGUGUUCCCUAAAUUUAAAAAUGCUGCGUUGUAAAUAUAAAUAGUGUGUAAUGAUUAACGAUUAUUUGAAUACUGAUUAUGUUGAUUCAACUAUUUGAAUAAUCAAAUAUCUUAUGUUGUAGGACUAGGUACUUUAUUUAUGUAGUCACCUUUAAAUGCAUGAAAGAAAGAAGGAAAAAAAUGAUUAGUACCAAAUACAUGAAUUUCAGCAUUAUCAUUAUCAUUUUCAUUCUUAUUUAUACAAAUAUUAUCGUAAUAAUUGGUGAAAAAUUAAAGAUUGUAAUGAUGUCUGCAGAAGUUGACGCUUUCAAAAAACAAUCUUCCCCCCCCCCCCCUACUUUUUACCCGUAUAUGCAUAAAAGACAUUUCUCCAAGCUAAGAAUCACUAAAAUUAAGUACAGUGAAUCGAAGUGUCGCCUGAAGCGAAUACUACCGAACGUUCUCAACGCGGCACCGAGAGUAUAAACAUCUGCAUUUUUCCGCAUUAUUCUCGAUAAGUCAAUCACUGUAUGCAGCCUUAAAUUCAUAUUGUAUGUACUAGCGCGUCCAGUUUACGAAUGCUUUAAAAAUAAUAAAUCUGGUACUUUUUCAA